AUGAGUCAAGUUCUGAAUUUUCUCCAAGGACAUCUGCUUUUUAACAAUUUCAGUUCUCGAAAUUGUGGGUUUUCACCUAUACUGCUACCGCGUAAAUCAUGUUUUCCAAACCGAAAACGUGUUCAGAUUUUUUUACUGCAAGUUAACAGUAAGCUGGUUAAUCAUAUAGAGCAGUCACUUCCAGAUAAUAAGGCCGAAGCUUGUGAUAGAGAUGGAUUGUAUUCCUUUCCUCAUGUACAAACUCUUACAGAGUUCCCAAAGGAGGAACUGUUCAGAAAAGUUGUCAUGGUCAGAUUUGAUUCGAGUAUUCUGCUUCUGGGAAAGAAGGAAUAUCAGUCUCCACCAGCCAGUGCACUUUCCACCAUUAAGUACUUGCACAAUGCUGGUGCUAAAGUAAUUCUAGUCGGUAGUUGGAGCUGGGAUAUCAAUUUAAGGCUUUCUUCAGCAGAAUUUGUUGCUGAAUUUCUAUCAUUGAUGCUCAAACUCAAAGUAGUUCCGAUGAAAUUAGUUUCACGAAGCAUGCGUUCUCAGAUGGAAUAUGGAGAGAGUUCAGAUGUCCUUCUGCUAGAAAAUCUCUCUGACAUUAAAAUGGAACUAGCCAAUUGUUCAAAGUUUGCCAAAGAACUUGCAUCUGGUGUUGAUAUAUUUGUUAAUGAUGCAUUUUCUCAAUCUCAUAAAGUUCUUGCUUCAACGGUCGGUGUUGCUUGCUUCUGCUCUGCCUGCAUUGCUGGAUUUUACUUUGAGGAAGGCGUCUAUCAACUAAAAAAUAUCACCAUGACCACCGACAGACCCUAUGUUUCUAUAAUAGGCGGACAUAACCUAGCUGGCAAAGCAGCUGCCUUGCGAUUUUUAGCAUCUAAAUGUGAUGCUUUAGUCUUUGUAGGCAGUAUGGCCUUUCAAAUAAUGCAUGCCAUGGGAGUUCCGGUUCCUGUUAAAUUGGUGGAACUUGGAGCACUCCAAGAAGCUGUCAGUAUAGUAGAGUCUGCAAAUUCUAGGAAUGUACCUAUUGUGUUGCCAAAAGAUUUUUUGUGCACAAACGAUGUUUUUCCCGAGCAACUGGAGAUAUUUUCCAUAAAUUCUAUGGUUGAUGGUUGGCUACCUGUUGAUCUUGGACCAUUGUCCUUAAAAGAAAUCAUCCCUUUGCUUUCAAAAUGCAAGAAAAUAUUGUGCAUUGGUCCCUUGAAAUUCAGCUCCUCAAGACAGGAAGAAGGUGGAAUAUCUAAAUUGGCAGAAGUGCUUGGUAGUCUAAGUCAAAGCACUUGCGACGUAACAUUUGUUGGGAAAAUGGGAUCUGGAGAAUUAUUGAGAAAAUCAACCUCUAUUUCAGUUGAUAAUUUCGUCAAAAAUGCUUCGGUUGUGUGGGAAUUUCUCAAAGGAAGAAGGCUUCCUGGGCUUAUGGCAUUGGAUAGAGCAUACCCAUUUGAUAUAAACUGGGAUAUUGCUUAUGCUGAUCCAAUGCGACCUCUAAUUGUCGAUGUUGGUAGCGGUAAUGGCUUGUUUCUAUUUGGAAUGGCCAAGAGUCGGAAACAUCUGAAUUUUCUUGGGCUGGAGAUAAAUGCGAAGUUGGUGAAGCGCUGUCUAGAUCAUCUUCAUCAUUCUGCAUUGCAGAACGGGUACUUUAUUACAACAAAUGCAACAUCAACAUUUCGGUCCAUAGUUUCCAGUUACCCUGGAGAUUUGGUUAUGGUAUCAAUACAGUGUCCAAAUCCUGACUUCAACAAGCCAGAACACCGUUGGAGAAUGUUGCAGAGGUCAUUAGUUGAAGCAAUUGCAGAUUUGCUUAUAUUUGGUGGAAAGGUAUUUCUCCAAUCUGACAUAGAAGCUGUCGCGUUGAGAAUGAAAAAAGAGUUUAUAGAAUACAGCAAGGGAAAGCUCGUGGUUGUGCAUGAUUCAGAAACCGAUUCAGUUCAGCAAAGAGGAUGGCUGAUGGAGAAUCCUUUUGGGGUUCGAUCCGAUUGGGAACAACACGUGUUAGAUCGGGGUGAUCCUAUAAGUUGUCUUUGGAGAAGUAUUCUUGUGGCGCAGUGGCUAUUCAUAUUUCUUUUGAGAUGUUGGUUGGAGUUGUUAUGGACUGAGUUCCACAAGAUGGCACCAGACAAUUGA